UCCGACGACGGCGGCGACGGUUUUUGUUGCCUACGCUACGCGUAAACGACCGUUGUCAAGGCACAGAACACGGGCCCAGAAUGCCGGAGAGAGGUCGUACGACAGCCCUAAGCUCACGGAGACUGUCCGGAUCUCUGGCGUGCGCGUGGGUCCAGCGAACGCGACGGUAGCCGCGAGCGGGAUGGACAACUUCAUCGAGUUUCGAAGUUUGGAAAGAGUUUUGGCAAUAUGGCGACGCUCUGUCCUGUAACAACAAUGCUACACGGCCGCUCCCGUGGACGUUGUAGUUAUCGGAGGAACGGAGGAGACAGUCGAUCAGUGAACAACGACCGGAUACGCGAAACUUCAGUGUGACUGUCGGGUGCCUGUCGUCGUCGUCGCGUUAACCCGUCCAGGAGAAACUAACUGUGUGAUGUUCUGCGCGCGAGUUUUUGUAGUACUACAUCGUCAACCCGUACAACUUGUGUGUGAUUGUGAUAAGAAGUGCGCGUGUGUGGAAGGACGCAUCACGGUUUGUGGAAGUACCUAGUGAACCGCCGCCCUGCGACGGCAACAAAACAACGACCAUGGUCCAUCUCUGCCUUUUCUUUUGCACGUUGCUGUGCACGCUAGGAGCUGGCAUCGCGGAAAACGACCACCAGCAGUUGCUGUCCCCACGCUUCCUGACCCCGCCCUCGGGCGGGUACGUAGGUCUGGGCGAGAAGCGAGCACUGCGGUGCGAGGCGGUCGGGGCGCCCGCACCGCGGCUGCGGCUGCUCAAGGAUGACCAGCCACUCACCAACUGGACCUCCCUGCGGCUGGUGCAUGUGCUCAGCAACAUCGGCCUCUCUCAGGCUGGUGCCUACCAGUGCUUGGCCAAGAACACGGCCGGGGCAGUGCUCAGUGCCAAGGCCAAGCUGCAAGUUGCACACUUGACACCAACUGAAGAGGUUUCUGAGGCAGUGCACGUGACUGUGCCCAAGGGUGGUCACGUGAUCCUGGAGCCACCCGUGGUGGACAGCGUUCCUCAAGCCACUGCCAUAUGGUCACGGCUCGACAGUACACCCUUGGACAGCAGGAAGUUCGCAACUACACAGGACAACCGCUUGGUGAUUCUGGAAGCAACUCCACAGCUUGAGGGCCAGUACCAAGUUGAAUUGACGAAUCCGCACACUGGUGACACCGUUUUCGGGCCAGCGGUGGAGCUCAGCGUUGACAGCAGUGGUGGAGAGCACAAGGCAGAACUUUCCAUUGUUGUGCCACCAGUUGACCGACAGUUCAACAAUCUGGGCAAUGGUUAUGACAGCUACCUUGAGUGCAUUGCUGCUGGCAGGUGA